GAUAUUUCCUGGGAUGUUUCGGCUCUGUUGAACCAAACCCCUCUGUCACUGAUAUGGCUUGGUUUUUGUGUCUGUGCGUGUUCAUGGCGGUGGGCCUCACUUUGUUAGCACUGCAGUUCAAGUUCAGGAUGUCUGCACAUGGUUCUGGGGAGCCGCCACACCUCCCUGCACUACCACUGAUUGGCAGCCUGCUGAGCCUGCGGAGUGAAUUACCACCGCAUGUGCUUUUCAAAGAACUGCAGGUAAAAUACGGACAUACAUACUCGCUGAUGAUGGGCUCCCACAGUGUGAUUGUCAUCAACCAGCAUGUGCACGCCAAAGAAGUCUUGCUCAAGAAGGGAAAGACGUUUGCAGGAAGACCUAGAACUGUAACCACAGAUAUUCUGACUAGAGAUGGGAAGGACAUUGCAUUUGGAGACUACAGUGCUACGUGGAAGUUCCACAGGAAGAUAGUCCAUGGAGCCCUGUGCAUGUUUGGAGAAGGUUCUGCCUCUAUUGAGAAGACCAUUUGUGCAGAGGCCCAGUCUCUGUGCUCCGUGCUGUCUGAGGCAGCAGAUGUGGGACUGGCCCUGGAUCUUGCUCCUGAGCUGACUCGCGCUGUCACCAACGUUAUCUGUUCUCUCUGCUUCAACUCGUCCUACUGCCGAGGCGACUCAGAGUUUGAGACAAUGCUGCAGUACAGCCAGGGCAUUGUGGACACUGUGGCUAAAGACAGCCUGGUAGACAUUUUCCCCUGGCUUCAGAUCUUUCCUAAUGCGGACCUACGUCUCCUAAAACAUUGUGUUUCCAUCAGAGACAAACUUCUACAGAGGAAAUUUGAUGAACACAAGGUGAAUUACAAUGAUCACGUGCAGAGAGACUUGAUAGACGCUCUGCUAAGAGCCAAGCGCAGUGCGGAGAACAACAACACAUCAGAGAUAAGUGCAGAGUCUGUGGGCCUGAGUGAUGACCACAUUCUCAUGACAGUGGGAGACAUCUUUGGCGCUGGCGUGGAAACCACUACCACUGUGCUCAAAUGGGCCAUAACGUACCUCAUUCAUCACCCAGAGGUGCAAAGACGUAUCCAGGAUGAGCUGGACAGGACGGUGGGUGACAGCCGCUCUCCUAAACUCACCGACAGAGGCAGUCUGCCUUAUCUGGAGGCCACCAUUAGGGAAGUAUUGCGGAUUCGCCCCGUGGCACCACUACUCAUCCCCCAUGUGGCUCUCUGUGACACCAGCAUUGGAGAUUUCACAGUGAGAAAAGGAACUCGAGUCAUUAUCAACCUGUGGGCUCUGCACCAUGAUGAGAAGGAGUGGAAGAACCCAGAGCGGUUUGACCCUGGCCGGUUCUUGAAAAGUGAAGGCACAGGACUGACAAUCCCAUCACCCAGCUACCUGCCCUUUGGUGCUGGGCUGAGAGUAUGUUUAGGUGAGGCCUUGGCCAAGAUGGAGCUCUUUCUCUUCCUGUCCUGGAUCCUGCAGCGCUUCACUCUGUCUGUCCCACCAGGCCACAGUCUGCCCAGUCUGGAGGGAAAGUUUGGAGUGGUCCUGCAGACAGCCAAGUACAAGGUGAAUGCCACAAUCAGACCAGACUGGGCAAGACAUAAGUGCCAGGCAGAAUAGUCCUAUGGUUGUGAAUACGUAUGCACCAUCAAGAAGCAAGCUUGCAGCAGUGCACUGGACUUUUUUUAUGUGACAUGAAUUCUUAUUUUUCUGAAAUGUAACACAGUCUCCUGUAACAGUUCCAAACAUUUAACGCUGAACAAGUUCUCUUUAUUUUUCUACUCUGAGGAGAACCAGUGUCACUGACUCUGAUAUACUGACAUCAGGAGGCAGGAUGUUUUCUCAUUUUCAAAUGUGUAAGGUUACGUCUGAGAUGAGUACAUUUGGCCAUGUUCACCACAUAGUUCUGUAUUUUUCUUCUCUAUAAUUUGGAGUUAUUUCAUGUGAAUGGUUUAAUAAGUCCAUUCACAGGAUGUACAAUGAAAAGUUACUGCAAAAGUAAAACACAACACAAAGAUGUAACCAGGUAAUCUCUCUUAUAUUGGAUCAAACACCAAAGAAACAAAAUGUAGCGACUUUAUUUUGAUCCUUAGAACACAAAUAAAGGUUUACACUGUAAAAAUGUACUGCAGUGAAAGGAUUUCCCUCUAACAAAUGUAAAUUAUGUUUAGCUCAAUGUAGUAAAUAUACAUAUAAGUAGGAGAACUCUAAACGGCUUAAGGACAAGGCUGCAUACAUAAACUGCACAAACGUACACCGUAUCCAGACCCAGCUCACAGGAACCUGUGUAACUCUGGACAAUGACUUUAAAAACAGUUUCUCUCCUGUUGCUCCGUCUUUUCUUUUAAUUUGGUGUUGAGUGAUAAACGAAUCAUCGUCCUGCAUCGUUAUGCUGUUGUCACAAACACUGUCACCCUUCAUCAGUGUGACUUUGACUGCAAUCACACCUACAGCGUGUCACAUUAAACGUUGGCAUUUCAUCCUUCUCACCUUACUAUUGUACAUUGUUGCUCUAUCGACUAAGGUCCAUUCUGUUUUAUUGUAAGAACAAAUGUAAAUAUUGGGCACAUAUGGAAACAUAUGGUCUAAAACUACCUCUUUCUAUGUUUUUAUGUCUCAUACAUGUAACUGCAAAAGCAAACUUCAAACCAGUUUGUCAUACAAGUAAAAUUUAGUAUGACACGAGGAACAAGUUAAAAGAACUACGUCACAAAAUACUUCACCCAACAAGAAUCAGAUAUUGCAUUUAAACUUUGGGCUUCAGGAUUUAUAUCAUACUAACCCUGGUGUCAUGUUGAAGAACUGGAUCAUAAAUGUGAUGCAAAUAUAAAAAUGUAUUUUUCUGGGAAGUUUCUUAUAAAGCAUUUAACAUAAACUUAAACCCUUAGAAACAGCCAAUGGAAUGAUGGCAAAGAGCCUCAGAUCACAAUUUCAUAAUCUGUUUACAUCCUCUGCACAUUACAGUCUAAAUGUAUGAAAAACUGAAAUCCUAGCAGAGGACCGAAAUCAGCAUUUGUUUUGGCUCAUAUUUAGGCCGUGAAUACACAGCCCUAAUUAAUAUACCAUAACAAUUAGUGCAAACAUAUGUAGCUCCUGACAAAAGCACAGAGGCUAAGAGAACACCAAACUAUGAGAUGUAAGACUCGUUAGACUUACAGCUAACAUCACUCAACCUACAUUACUGUCUUUGAAAUGCCCAAACUCUAACAGCAAUGUUUUGUUAAUUUCAAAAACCACUUCACAGAUCAAACGUUAUGUAGUGAAGAAAUGAGAACAGAUAAUAUAUGAUACGUAAAAACAGAAAAACAAACAAAAAUUCAGAAAGUUGGAGAAUCCUUUAUGAGCUGUGUGAAAAAAAAUUGAUGUGCCAGACUGUCACGAUAAUAGCUGUAGUAAAAAUGCUGUUUUCUUUUUUUUUUUUGUCUUUCUGUAAAAUUGACAUGUGACUAUAAGUAAUGUCUACACUGAGAUAUGCAUGCCAAUCCAAUCCAAUCCAUAUCUUUGUUUUUGCUGCUUGUUUGCUUAUAUUUGGCAAAAGAAACAAUAAAAACAUGAAAAAUG